GAUUUUGAUCUCAAUUGUCUUCAAGUAACAAAAAUAAAGUCACUGGCAAAUUACAUCUGGUAAUAGUUAUUUUCCUCCAGUGAGCUGGAAAAUGAUCUAAUGGGUGUGAACGGGGCUAUUCUCCAGAGCCUGAGGCAGACAGCCAGGGAACAAAGUAACCGCUGGAUGAGGAAAUAAAAAGGAGCAACACUUGGGAUAUUUAAAUCCCUCGUUGCCCCUCCCUCCGUGGCUGGCACAGCCAGCGCACUUGCCCCUCUCUUUCCGCUACAUACCUGAGGUAGAAUCGUUGAAGAUUUCACUGUGAUCGCCAGUUUACAUCAUCUGCUCGUAAGAACGUGCAUACAUUCAUACAUCACCCAACCACGACCGCCGUUGAUAUACUUCGACACCCAGGAGUUUUUUUACGAAGAAGGCAACUGACCGAUUCACCCACGCACAAACAAACCAUGGCGGAGUCUCAGGAGCGUGGUGAGGAGAUCCUUCGCGUUUUUGGCGCUGCGUUUGGGGAGCUUCUCACCGCCGACCCAGCAGCGUUUCGAGUCAAAUUCCGCAAGAUGGCCUCAUCAGCUUUUGCCUUCUACCGUGGCUCAGCAUGUCUGUUCUAUCACGACCUGGAGCAGGAGCAGCAUGGCGGACCGUAUCUGGACGCGCGCACCAGCCGAGUCUGGAUCCACGGCGACUUGCACGCAGAGAACUUCGGCACAUACAUGGACAGCCAGGGCCGCUUGAUUUUCAACGUCAAUGACUUUGAUGAAGCUUACAUCGGCCCUUUCACCUGGGACAUCAAGCGCUUCGCCGCCUCCGUUGCCCUCAUUGGCUAUGCGAAGGCCCUCAGCGAUGACCAGAUCACAAGUCUCGUCAAGACAUAUGCUGCCGCGUACCGUGAGCGCAUCCAAGUCCUUGCCGCGAGUGGUGCGAGCAGCGCCACCAAGAACGAACGUGCGGAUGUGCUGGGUUUCACCCUGGAGACCGCUAAGGGCCCAAUGCUUGAUGCACUGCGCUCCGCCCGCCUGAAUACCCGCUUUGGGCUGCUAAACGGAAUGACGGAGAUCCGCGACUUCGAACGGCGUUUCCGCGCCGGCGGAGGCGCCAUCCAACUGGAUGACGCGACGCGAGCAAAGGUCCUCGAGGCCUUCGACCGCUACAAGGAGACGCUCCCCGAUUCAAGCGGUACUCGCAUCCGCCCCCAGGGCCAGCGGGUCAAAGAUAUCGUUGGCCGUCGCGGCAUUGGCAUCGGGUCGGCAGGGCUGCCGUCGUUCAAUCUUUUGCUUGAAGGGAAUAGCGACGCCCUGGAGAACGACAUCGUGAUCUACAUGAAGCAAGGCCAGAUCCCGGCCGUAUCGGCACACAUCUCCGACCCGGCGAUCCGCGGAUACUUUAAGCACGAGGGCCACCGGACGGUGAUUUCGCAGCGCGCGCUGCAGGCAUAUGCAGACCCAUGGCUCGGCUGGACCGAGCUGGACGGCGUAGGUCAGCUGGUUGCAGAGGUUUCCCCCUACGCGGUUGACCUUGACUGGUCGGAUAUGGAUGAGCCGGAUGAGAUGGCUGCGAUCAUCGCCGACUUGGGAAGAGCAACCGCCACGAUGCAUGCGGCGGCAGAUAACGAGAGUGGGCAUUCAGAGCUGGUGCCGUUUUCCACAGAUGAGGCCAUCGACAAGGCUAUUGCGGCGGACGAGGAGGGCUUUGAGGAUAUGCUUGUGAAGUUCGCGCACAAGUACGGCUCGCAGGCUUGGCGUGAUCAUCAGAUCUUCGUGAAUCUGUUCCGCAAUGGACAGAUUCCAGGCCUGUGAGGAUGGUUUUAGGAAUGUCUAUUGAAUCAUUGAGGGAUGCUUUACCGUUGUAGUUCCUUCUCGCCGCAGUCAGAUUCAUGCAAUUCUCGAUUUCAAAGAGUUUCUUCAUAUUUUCCCUGCACAGAUGUUUAUCUUGUUUGUUAAGAAAGUUAAAUAAAACAAUAUAAUCAAGAGGGAAAAGAAAAGAAAGGGGUAGAUAAGUUAGAUAAAUAACAUUAUGCCUUGAUUAUAACACGCUCAUGCAUCCUAUUUUUGUUAAUUAUAUAGCUUCAUUUCAAAUGAAAUGCCCGAAAAAAUAGCCAACUGCAUGUAGUAAGGGGACAUUUACUAGCAGUUUCAGACGACAAAAAGUACCUUCGCUGGAAGCGCCGGGUCGAAAGCUUCCAAAUCCUCCAGACAUUGGAUACAGAACCUAUCAUUGAGGAAGAGACGAUCGCCACGCCGGAUUGCAAGAACCGCAAUCGAUAGCCUGGCCAGCCAAUUCUUGUGCGUCAUCGCCACUGGCGAUGUGUCAGGUCGCUCGAGGAAUUCAUCCCAACUUGUAGUUAAUGCAGGAGAUUUCCUUUGUCCACAAAGUCUCCCUCCUCCCAGCGUUGCAUUUUGGGUGGCAGCAGUCGCCGCUAGAGGAAGGCGAAUGUGCACAGCCGGAUUCGAAGAAGAGCUUAUGAUCGAAUUGCCCGCAGCCGUUUUUGAGGGAGUCGAGGACACCGAGAUCGGCAAUCCAUCGCCCAUUGUCGUUUACUGAUACGGCUGAUUCGACAACAUAUGCUUCAGCGUCUCGGUGGCCGCGGCCCAGGUCGAUAGGGGGAGACCAGUCCGUGAAAGAGAGGUGGAGUCUUGUUCCCCUGAAGGUAUCCUCAAGCUGGCCUUCAUAGACGGGAUGAUCAAUGGAUCUCCAAUUGUCGAGUUCUGGUGUCAUGACUUGGAGGAC